AUGUCUCUGUUGCACGCCAUCGUCCUUGGCAUCGUUCAGGGCCUGACAGAGUUCUUGCCCGUGUCUUCAAGUGGUCACCUGCAGCUGGUGCCCUGGCUGCUUGAAUGGAACGACUUCGAAGGUAACGAAGACCUGGCCAACGCGUUCGACGUCGCGCUCCAUUUGGGCACCCUUGCCGGGGCGGUCGCCUAUUUCUUUCGCGACAUCCUUCGGUACUUGCAAGCGGGACUUCAAUCGCUCACGCCUGGGGGUCGAAGAGACGGUUUGUCGACCGACGCACGCGUCGCGUGGCUACUCAUCGUGGCCACAAUUCCUGCCGGCAUCACCGGCGUGCUGCUUGAAUCGGUGCUCGCAAGCGAUGACCACAUUUGGCUCACCGCGGCGGCACUCGCGGUGUUUGGCGUCGUCCUGGCACUGGCUGACCGUCUGCCGGGCAACCGAGAUGUCGAUGACUUCCGGCUACGAGACGCGCUGGCAGUUGGCAUCGGGCAGGCUCUUGCUUUGCAGCCAGGAGUGUCUCGCUCCGGUAUCACGAUCACGGUGUCACGGAUACUGAAGUUCGACCGUGUGAAUGCUGCCCGGCUGUCGUUCUUGAUGAGCCUACCCAUCAUUGCUGGCGCUGGUCUCUUCAAGUACUUGGACCUCGGCGGUCUCGAUGGAAUACCAGCGGACAUGAGGGCGCCGUUCGCCGCGGGCAUUAUCGCUUCGGCAAUCACCGGCUUUCUGGCCGUGUGGGGGCUGAUCAAGCUGCUCGCAAAGGUGACCUUCGAUGGCUUUGCGGUGUACCGCAUCGCGGCCGCCAUGGGUGUCUUGGUCGUACUGAUCAGUCGCAGCUAG